AUGUCAACUCAAAAUAACCCUUUGCAAUCAUCACAACAAAUACCAUCUGCCCAAGUUCAGCAAAUGCAACGCAGAGCUCCUCAGGGAAAUGGGGUCACGAACGCUCGGCUCGAUCCCAACAUCAUGAUCUACUUUUACAUAUACGACACCCUCAAACAAAAUAACAUCAUAGACAGUGCUAGAGCUUUGCUGCCAUACCUGAGAGAACAUGACCCCUACGAGUUUCUUUCCAAGAAGAGCGAGGGAUCUUCGGGUUCUGAUAACGGUAGUGAUUUACCUAACGUGCAACUACCUUACGAAGCCCCACAGAGCUUUCUGUAUGAGUGGUUUACAAUGUUGUGGGAGGAACUUACAAUAAAGAAACAAAACGGAACAUCGAUUGCGUCAGGAAUGCAUAUUCCUAAUGAGAUGAGGCAUACCGUACGAGGAGCACAGCAACCAGAUUUGAGUCAUCAAAUGUUAGGACGACCACUUCCCUCCGGUCAGCAAAUAAAUGUGGCUGGUUUCAGUCACCAGCAGCUGUCGCUCCAUCAUCGCCGAUUGGCUCAAGCGCAACAAGCUCAGCAACAAGCCCAGCAACAGGCCCAGCAACAGGCCCAGCAACAAGCCCAGCAACAAGCCCAGCAACAACAGGCCCAACAACAGCAGGUGCAACAACAGCAACAACAAUCACAGCAACAGCAGGUCCAAACACCACAAGUACAACAACAGGCUGGACAACAAGCUCAAGUGCAGUCACAACAACAAGCUCAACAACAGCAAGUGCAACAGCAACAACCGCAACAACAAGUGCAAACACCACAGCAAGCACAGCAGCAACACCAACAAUUCACUAGACAAUUGCCAAACGGUGCACUGAUCGUUGCAGAGGGAACAGCGAAUGGAGAAUUAUCAGCUCAUGAUAAUAGGACGUUUAUGUUUCAACAAGCGCAAAUUCGGCAGCAACCAAAUCGAUUAUUAAUGCCUGGUUAUGGAAACAAUCAAUUCAUAAGUCCAUCUCCCAUAGGUCAAGCAAUGCUUCGACUUCCAUCUCAAGCAAACCAAUUGAUACGACAACAAUCACCUCAAACACAGCAGAUACAUCUACCUCAAGUUCCGAACGCAGCAACAAAACGACCGGACGGGCAAGCUGCUGGAUCGCCAGCUAUGGGUUCGGCUACUUCUCCAAGAACACCCCGACCGCAGCCUCAAACUCCAAUACAAAAUUCACUUUUGGCGCUACAGGCGCAACAAAUGCAAUCGCAGCAAGUAGCACAAAUAGCUUCAGCGCGGGCACAGGCACAACAAGCGGUUAAAAACCAGAUGAUGAGUCAACGACGCAUUAUAAACCAAAAGAUUCCAUCACAAAUAAUUGGACACGAUGUUGUGUCUCAAGACCAAGUCGAGGCAUACAAGGCAAUGCAACAGCAAAUGUAUAUGAGACCUUCUUACGUUAUUGCGAACGGACCGCCUUACAACCUUGGUGGAGUGAGACCGCAACAACGCCCAACCCAAGUUACCACAAGCGAUGGUUUAUUAAUUCCCACUGGUAACAUGGCGUCGAGGGUGCUCUAUGCUCAACCGCAGCAACAAGGUGUACCACAAGUACCGUCUAUGGCUACGCAGCCAAAUCAGACGAAUGCUGUUCCGGGAAAUAAGGUGAAGCCGGAUAGUAAGAAGCCUGUAAAUCAGACUCAGACUGCAAAUAAACCCGCAAACUUUGUGCAAACCGCCAAUGCAGGCGAUGCUGGGCAACAACAAACUAUGGUUAAUGGGGAUAUAGUUGCAAACCCGGCACAACAGCAAACUCAGCAAGCGCAAGUGCCGACACAAAAUCAGGCGCAACAAAACCUUGCCGGCGGCUAUGGGGAUGUAAGUUUAAAAGGAUUGGCGGAGCGAGAGACAGGGGAUGUGAUUUGGAUUAUUAAGACAAAGAGAGUGUGUGGGUGGAUGGGUGUGGGGGAUGUGUGGGGGAGUGGAGCGUGGGUGUGUGAGCGUGCGGAUUGUGCGUGUUUUCUUAUAGUACUUGGAUGUGAGCCAUUACGAAUCAAUCCUCUAAAAUAUAAACUUGUCCACACACAGCUGGAUAUUUACGUAGGCGAUGAGAGUAUGCAAUGGGAUAGCACAGCAGAUCCAGACUUCUCCGAGUUUAUAAGCUACGAUGAAGAUGGCGGCGAAUGA